AUGAAGCGAGCUGAAAAAAUAGAGCGAGGAAAAAAGGAGCUUACUCCUGUUUUUGUAUCACACGAAAAUAAGCUUGAAUUCUAUGUGGAGCACCACCAAAUAAAGCCUAGGAUAGUCGAGCUGUCUUCCCUGUGGAAUAGCUACAUUGAGCUGUUCCGGGAGUUUCAAGAAACCUUGGAGGAGGACGAGCGGCUUGAAAAGGCCAUCGAAGACUGCUUUGAGGAGAUUAACAUAAAGCUCCAGAACGUGGGGGAAAUCCUCUUUCUCCUCCUGGACGAGCUGGAGUCUGUGAAGUUUCACCAAAAGUUCAUGGAGUUUGAGAAGAUUCAGGACGACUUGUGCACAACCGCGUGCUCGAUCCUAUACAUAAACAAGGGGUUGCUUACGACGAAUCUUCUGGAAACCCUGGGGGAGGUUGAGUUUUCCCUGUACAGGUGUCUUACGCUUGGCCAGAAGGUGACAAAGGCAAAAAAGAACAUGGAAAUCAACUGGAUACACCCAACACAGUACGAGAUACUCAAGUAUUUGUACAAAAACUGCCGAUACAACCUGCGGGAGUACUUGAUUGUGUACAAAAAUGUUUUGCAGAGUGUGGAAGAGCAGAAGACCAUCAUGUUUGACAUGGGAAUGGCCGAGCAGCUGUACUCUGGGUUUCUGGAGAGCACGGCCAAGAACUUCCUCCCAGGAAACUUGAUAGAGACGCACGCGAAAAACUACAACGAGAAGAGCCUUGAGGACAAGAUCCGGCACCACGAAGAGUCCAUAUCCCAGAGAAAGUGCACAAUAGACCAGGUAAUCUGGCAGCACAAGCGGAUAAUUGGGGAAAUUGACCAGAUGAACUGGAAUGCAGGGAAGGAGGCAAAGAACAUCAUAAACAUGGAGAAGUCUGUUGACAGGAGGGGCGACUUCUCCAUGAAAAAAAUGUUUUCUCUCUUUGAAAGCGCCUCGAACCGUCUGAAGGAGUAUGAAAUUGCGCUUUCCCGGUUCUCGAAGCUUGUUGCCCGCUCCAAGAAGUCCGAGUCUACUGCAAACAGGCUGCUCCAAAUCAAGUCCCUGGACUUCAACUACCUGAUUGUUGAGGGAAACUUGAAAAACCUCAAAACAGACGUAUUGCUACUAUACUCCGCCUCUACUGAAAUAUACAACAGAAGAGCCAUAAUUUCCAACAGAGAAAACUUUGGCUAG